GCGGCCAGAGCGGCUGCAGCUGGAGCCAGCAGUGCGGGCGCCGUGCCGGGUGGGGUAGCCGGGAGCGGGCCGGCAGGAGGCGGAGGCUGCCGGCUGGUCUGCGAUCCGGCAGUCCGGGGACUCGGGUGCCUGCCCGUCCCCGUCCCCGCGCGGCCACAUGGCUCGGCUCUGCGCGCUGCUGCCCUGCCUGCUGCCCUGGUACUGCACGCUCUGCGCCGCCGCGGGCAGUCAGACCCCAGACCUGCACCUCUCUGGGAAACUCCGUGACUAUGUCGUGACUGUGCCCUGCAGCACGGAUUUUCGGGGACGCUUCUUGUCCCAUGUGGUUUCUGCCCCCACGGCACCCUCUUCACAUGGCCACCUCCGGGUGGUUCGCAGCCCCCCGAGACUGGAAAGAGAGACCCUGCGGCCUGGUGGUCCAAGGCACCACUUCCUCUAUUUCAAUGUGACUGUCUUUGGGAAGCUGCUUCACCUGAGCCUGCAGCCCAACCGGAGGUUGGUGGCCCCAGGGGCCCCCGUGGAAUGGCAAGAGGACUUUCGGGAACUCUUCCGGCAACCCUUGCAGCGGGAGUGUGUGUACACUGGAGGUGUCACCGGAAUGCCUGGGGCAGCUGUUGCCAUCAGCAACUGUGAUGGAUUGGCUGGCCUCAUCCGCACAGACAGCUCCGACUACUUCAUCGAGCCUCUGGAGAGAGGGCAGCAGGCCAAGGAGGCCGGCGGAAGGACACACGUGGUAUACCGCCGGGAAGCGGUCCAGCAGCAGUGGGCAGAGCCUCAUGGGGACCUUCACAAUGAAGCCUUUGGCCUUGGUGACCUUCCCAACGUGCUGAAUCUGGUUGGGGACCAGCUGGGUGACACCGAGCGGAAGCGGCGACAUGCCAAGCCUGGCAGUUACAGCAUUGAGGUACUGCUGGCCGUAGAUGACUCGGUGGUUCGCUUCCAUGGCAAGGAGCACACGCAGAACUACGUCCUCACGCUCAUGAACAUUGUGGAUGAGAUUUACCACGAUGAGUCACUGGGGGCCCACGUGAACAUCGCUCUCGUCCGCUUGAUCAUGGUGGGCUACCGACAGUCCCUGAGCCUGAUCGAGCGAGGGAACCCAGCCCGCAGCCUGGAGCAGGUGUGUCGCUGGGCACACUCCCAGCAGCGCCAGGACCCGAGCCACACAGAACACCAUGACCACGUCAUCUUCCUCACCCGCCAGAACUUCGGUCCGUCAGGGUAUGCACCUGUCACUGGUAUGUGCCACCCCCUAAGAAGCUGUGCCCUCAACCACGAGGAUGGCUUCUCUUCAGCUUUUGUGGUGGCGCAUGAGACCGGUCACGUGCUUGGCAUGGAGCACGAUGGCCAGGGGAACGGCUGUGAUGAUGAGACCAGCCUGGGUAGUGUCAUGGCACCCCUGGUGCAGGCUGCCUUCCACCGUUUCCAUUGGUCCCGCUGCAGCAAGCUGGAGCUCAGCCGCUACCUCCCUUCCUACGACUGCCUCCUUGAUGACCCCUUUGAGCGAUCCUGGCCCCAGCCCCCUGAAUUGCCUGGGAUCGACUACUCCAUGGAUGAACAGUGCCGUUUCAACUUCGGCACUGGGUACCACACCUGUUUGGCUUUCAGGACCUUCGAGCCCUGCAAGCAGCUGUGGUGCAGCCAUCCCGACAACCCAUACUUCUGCAAGACCAAGAAGGGGCCCCCACUGGAUGGGACGGAGUGCGCACCGGGCAAGUGGUGCUUCAAAGGUCACUGUAUCUGGAAGUCACCAGAGCAAACCUACGGCCAGGACGGAGGCUGGAGUUCCUGGACCAAGUUUGGUUCAUGUUCUCGGUCAUGCGGAGGUGGAGUGAGAUCCCGAAGCCGGAGCUGCGACAACCCUCCUCCAGCCUACGGAGGCCGCCCAUGCACCGGGCCCAUGUUUGAGUACCAGAUCUGCAACAGUGAGGACUGUCCUGGGCCCUACGAGGACUUCCGGGCCCAGCAGUGUGCCAAGCGCAACUCCUACUAUGUCCACCAGAAUGCCAAGCACAGCUGGCUGCCCUAUGAGCCUGAGGAUGAUGCUCAGAAAUGUGAGCUCAUUUGCCAGUCUGCAGACACUGGAGAUGUGGUAUUUAUGAACCAAGUGGUCCAUGAUGGAACGCGCUGCAGCUACCGGGACCCGUACAGUGUCUGUGCACGCGGCGAGUGUGUGCCCUUUGGUUGUGACAAAGAAGUGGGAUCCAUGAAGGCGGAUGACAGAUGCGGUGUCUGCGGAGGAGACAACUCUCACUGCAGGACCGUGAAGGGGACGCUGGGGAAGGCCUCCAAGCAGGCAGCCGCUCUCAAACAGGUCCAGAUCCCGGCAGGUGCCAGGCACAUUCAGAUCGAGUUGCUGGAGAAGGCGCCCCACCGCAUUGCGGUGAAGAACCACGUGACUGGAAACUUCAUCCUCAGCCCCAAGGGCAAGGAGGCCUCUACCAGGACCUUCACUGCGUUGGGCCUGGAGUGGGAGCAUGCAGCAGAGGACACCAAGGACAGCCUGAAGACCAGUGGGCCCCUGCCUGAAGCCAUCGACGUCCUGGUGCUGCCUCCGGCGGUGAAGGGUAAGCCCCGAGGUAGCCUGGCCUACAAGUACGUCAUCCACGAGGACCUGCUGCCCCUCAUCGGCAGCAAUAACGUGCUCCUGGAAGAGACGGACACCUAUGAGUGGGCUCUCAAGAGCUGGUCUCCUUGCAGCAAGACCUGUGGAGGAGGAAUCCAGUUCACCAAAUACGGCUGCCGGCGCCGCCGGGACCACCACAUGGUGCAGCGGCACCUGUGUGACCACAAAAAGAGGCCCAAGCCUAUUCGACGGCGAUGUAACCAGUACCCGUGUCCCCAGCCCACGUGGGUGGCCGAAGAGUGGGGUGCCUGCAGCCGGAGCUGCGGGAAGCUGGGGCUGCAGACCCGGGGAGUACAGUGCCUAUUGCCCCUCUCCAACGGCACCCGCAAGGCCAUGCCAGCCAAGGCUUGCCUAGGUAACCGGCCAGAGGCCAAGAGGCCAUGCCUCCGUGUGCCCUGCCCAGCCCAGUGGCGGACAGGAGCCUGGUCCCAGUGCUCUGCCACCUGUGGAGAGGGCAUCCAGCAGCGGCAGGUGGUGUGCCGGAACAUCUCCAAUGCCCUCGGGCAGUGCGAGGGAGUCAAGCCAGACACCGUGCAGGUCUGCAGCCUGCCUGCCUGUGGAGGAGCUCUCCAGAACUCUACAGUGAAGGUUGAGGUCCAGGACCCUGUGACCAAAGUGGGACACUGGGAACCCCAAUCCAGGCCCCUGACUCCCAUGAACAGGACUUCAACAAUGGAGCCCUGUGUGGGAGACAGGUCCGUCUUCUGCCAGAUGAAGGUACUGGACCGCUAUUGCUCCAUCCCUGGCUACCUCCGCUUGUGCUGUGAGUCUUGCACCAAGAAGGCCUCAGGUCCCAGUGCCAGCCUGGACCCACCCCCCGCCUCCUCCACUCCUGGGAGUCUCCUGCCAGAACCCAAGGCCACCCAGGAGGAGGUGGAGUCUACAAGGGGGCCAACCAGAGUAGAAGACCAUCGGCAAAGCCAUCCCACACAGCGGCCAGGGCUGGUGGACAGUCUCUCCUCAGGGACUCGGCAUCCCUUCACCCCUCAGAUGCUAAGUCCUAGAGCACUGGAGGGUAAUUCUCCUGCCACCCCACCACCUUCGGGCUGGACCCAAACAGCUGUGCCAGCCUCUGAGGGUCCAGGUCAGUCCAGGGAGGAACCAGGACACGGAGGCACCAGCCUUCCUGCUACCUCCCCAGUGACUUGAACCCACCCCUCAGGUCACGUUUACACUCUGCACGUGGUCCCAAGUGACCUUGGCUCAGAGGACUCAAACACAGGAGACAGGAAGUAGCACAGGUUUCCUUUUAAAUUAUUUGCCCUCAUGUUCUGUUUGGGGCUGUGAUGCUCUUAACCCCAUGAACAGGGUUGGGGGAAGAGAGAGAUCAGGGAUUGCCCUAACCAGAAAUACCUCAGCCAAAAGAGCUUGGGCUCCACUUCCAAGUAGCUCCUGAGAUCUGGUUCCUCCAGGCUCAGUAAAGCCCCUUCCCACAGCCGCUGGGAGGGGUGGGGGUGGGGGAGCUGAAGCUCAUGCAGGGGUCUGUCCGAGAUGCUUGCUUGUCCUUGACUUCUGACUGCCGGGGAGACCUGCACAGUCCCCCUCCCACAAAGGCAAAGCAGGGCUGGGGAUGUGGGCUUGCUCAAAGGCAGGCAGGGGAAAGGAAUUCUUCUCAGGCGUGGCUCUUGUCAGCUGAGGGCUGCUCAUAACUCCAGGACAGAGAUCAGUUCACCUUUGCUGGCUAUGGGGUCACUUUUGUGACUCACUCUGUCCCUUGUAGAUGUCACUGCUGGUGACUCCAGGUUAUAGACUGACCUUCCUUUUUUUUUUUUUUUUUUGCUUUUGGUUUUUUGAGACAGGGUUUCUCUGUGUAGCCCUAGCUGUCCUGGAUCUCACUUUGUAGACCGGGCUGGCCUCAGACUCAAGGAGAUCCACCUGCUUCUGCCUUCCAAGUACUGGGAUUAAAGGCAUGUGCCACCACCGCCUGGCUCUGACCUCCCAAUCCUACACCCACGCCACCAGAGAAAGAGGCCUGGAUAUAUAACUUUAACAUCCAGGAGUUUCCCAACUAGGGCUUGACCCCUGGUUGGACCAGGAAAUGCAACUUCAGUCACCCCUAGGGCUCGAAGGAGGCCCAGCCUGAAAGGUGACCACCAGGUACCAGAGAGAUGUCAUUUCCCAGACUGUACCCCUCUCUGCUGAGGACUGCUCCUGCUACAGUUGGGGUCUUCCCUUCUGGCUCCAGGUGGGACAGAGUGUGUGAUGCUCAGAAGUUCAGGCUGGUGGGUCACAAGACCUAGAGUCCACUCAGCCAGACCCUGUGGAUGGCCUGGGCAGGAUGCCAGCUGCUGCUCCUGGAUUGGGGUAGGGAGGGCGCACGGAGCCCGGCUCACCUCCCUUGGCCCUCUGGCUCUCAGGAAAUGGUCUAGCUCCUCACUUGGCAGGGUCAGUGGCAUCGGUGCUCAUCUGUCCACCUUCCUCAGAUGGAGGAAGGGAAGCCUUAGGCCCCUGGCCUGCAAGCUUCGUGGGAUGCAGGGACCCUGGGGACUCGGCGUGCUUUUCCCGUGACUGCUCCCCGCUUGGCAGGUGGCUGGGACUACUCUGGGUCAGUCCCGUGUGGACCAGCCUGGAGACUCUGAUUUUUAAAGUGUUACUUAUUUAUUAA